UGGUGGUGAGCUGUCCAGCAUUUCAGCAAUCGGCGGUGGCGCCCGCGGGGAGACGGAGGGCGCGGGGCCGCGGGGGCAGCAGAGCUGCCCGGCCGCGCUGAGCCAAGGAGGCGGCCCGGCCAAGGCGGGCCAGAGGGCCUGGCUCCAGCGCCCAGCAGAGCGCGGCGGUCAGCAAGGAGGGCCAGCGGCUGGGGCCAUUGCCAUGUCCUCCAACGUGAACAACGGGGCUGCCAGCAUGCCGUCCCCGCCCAUCGCCGCCAACGGCUUCCCGCAGCCCGGCGCCUCGUCUGGGGCCUGGCCACGGGCGGAGGAGGAGCUGCGCGCCGCAGAGCCGGGCCUGGUCAAGCGCGCGCACCGCGAGAUCCUGGACCACGAGCGCAAGCGGCGCGUGGAGCUCAAGUGCAUGGAGCUGCAGGAGAUGAUGGAGGAGCAGGGGUACUCAGAGGAGGAGAUUCAGCAGAAGGUUGGGACCUUCCGGCAGAUGCUGAUGGAGAAGGAGGGGGUGCUGACCAGGGAGGACAGGCCUGGCACCCACGUCGUGGCGGAGACCCCGCGGCCGACCGAGGGCGCCGAGCCGGGCCUGGAGUACGCCUUUGACGACGACGACGACGACGGCCCGGUGGACUGUGACUGCCCGGCCGCCUGCUACCGCGGGCACCGGGAAUACAGGACCAAGCACUGGUCCAGCAGCUCGGCGUCGCCCCCUCCCAAGAAGAAGAAGAAAAAGAAAGGCGGCCACCGGAGAAGCCGCAAAAAGAGGAGACUAGAGUCAGAGUGCAGCUGUGGGAGCGCCUCACCUCUGCGCAAGAAGAAAAAGAGCAUGAAGAAGCACCGCCGAAACAGGUCCAAUUCUGGGUCCCGGAGGAAGAGACGGCACAGAUCUCGAAGCCCCAAGAGCAAAAGAAAAGAGAAGAACAAAGAGAGGAAGAGGCCUCACACAGAGUCCCCAGGCCAGAGGUCCCACCGGCACAGCAGCGGCAGUUCCCACAGCCCCUCGCUGUCCUCCCACUACAGUGACUCCGGAUCACCCAGCAGGCUGAGCCCCAAGCGCCGAGACGAUGGGCGGAAGACGGGCAGCCAGCGGUCCAGCGGGAGCCGGUCGCCUUCCCCGUCGGGCGGCAGCGGAUGGGGGUCUCCCCAGCAGAACGGCGGCAGCAGGCAGUGGAGCGGAGCGCACAGGGGCCGCCCGGGCCUGGCGCACAGCCCGCCCGAUAAGCCCAGCUCGCCCUCGCCCAGGGCCCGCGACAAGGCAGCGGCCGCUGCACCCACGCCGCCCACGCGGGGCAAGGACAGCCCGAGUCCGCGCUCGGCGCCCUCGUCUCAGGGCCGCGGAGGUCGCACGGCGGGCGGGGCGGCCAGGCGGCGGCGGCGGCGGCGGCGAAGGCGGCGAUCUCGGUCCUCGGCUUCCGCUCCCCGCCGCAGGGGUCGCCAGCGCGCCCGGCCCGCGCCUCCCCGGGACUCUUCCCGCUCGCUCAGCCGCGCGCGCUCCAGCAGCGACUCCGGCGGAGGCGCCCCGGGCCCCGGGCCCGAGCCGGGCUCCGAGCGAGGCCACUGCGGACACGGCAAACGGACGAAAGAGCGGCCCCCGCGCGCACGCCCGGCCAGCACCUCGCCGUCCCCGGGUCCGCACGGCAGGCACGGCGGUCCGGAGGGUAAGAGCUCGUCGCGCAGUCCUGGUCCCCACCCCCGGUCCUGGAGUUCCAGCCGAUCGCCUUCUAAAUCCCGCUCGCGGUCCCCAGAGAAGAGGGCCCGCAGCCCCAGCCACUCACCAUCGCCCAAGAAACCCCUCGGCCGGGACAAAGACAGCGAGGGCCGCGCCAGGCACGCCGAAGCCGAGGCAGCCCGCACCCGGCGCCGCUCCCGUAGCUACUCCCCCAUCCGCAAACGGCGCCGCGACUCGCCCAGCUUCAUGGAGCCGCGGCGCAUCACUAGGUCCAGACUGCUGAGUGGCCUGUGGCCAGCCUGGGGGCCAGGUGGACCCCUAUACACAGGCUGCUGGGGAGAUGAGCAUUGCCCGAAAGCGUCCCAUCCCUUACUACCGACCCAGCCCCUCCUCUUCCUCCAGCUGCCUAAGCAGUGACUACUCAAGCCGGAGCCCCAGCCGCAGCCCCAGCCCGGGGCACAGCCACGGAAGCUACAGCAGUCGCAGUCGAGGGACCCGAAGCCACACACGCAGCCCCUCCCGGAGCCCCAGUCCAAGCUACCACAGCCGAAGCAGCUCUGAAAGUGGGGGCUUCUGAGCCCAGCUGGACCUUGGGGCCACCUGGCACAGGAAGAGGCCAGGCCUUGGGACUGGAGAGGAGGGCCCUGCACCCUCUACAAAGAUGCCUGGGGCCAGCACGUGGGCAGAUGGGACGGGGAAGACUUUGAGGGUGGGCACCCUGCCCUCAGGGAGGAGCCAGAUCGAACUGCUCCUAACAGGUGCCCCCUCCCCAGCCCCACCUUGCGCCCACCUUUGUGUCCAGGGAACAAAGAGCCGUUGCGAACACUGGGAGCUCCCUGCCCCCACUUCCUGCUUGACGCCUGCUCACCCUGCUGGGCACUGCUGCCAGUCAGUGGUACAAGAGUCCUCAGUGUACUGUGACCCUUGGCCUCCACUCAGUGCACCCAGGCACACCUCAGAAGGUGCCAGGCCUGGGAGCCUCCCCUCUCCUCCUCACCCUCACUGGGCAGACGAGGAGGUGGUACAGCAAGCUGCAUCAGACCCAGAUGGACAGAAGAAUGUCCCAACCGUGGAUGCACCACCAGCCAGAUUGGGGAGCUGCUCCUCUGAGCUGGCUAUAGGACCCCCAUGUCCCUCCCUGCCCCAAUCUGGGCUCCCCAAAGCCCAGGCCAAAAGGCCCAGGGAGCUCGCUCUUGAGCCCAUUUCUCCAGCCCUCAUGCCACGCCCUGGGCCAAGGCUGUUGCAGCCAGGCCUGCAGCAGGACAGAAGGACAGGGGGACUGACCUCAUGUGCAUCUGACCCUGAGGUCCAAGGGGUUCAGGUCUGGAGGUGAGAGAGUACACGGGCCAAAACGGGAGUCGACGACCUGCAGGGCACUGGGAGGGCUGGGAGGCACGCAGUGGUCCUCAGCCCCACCAAGAGGAGGACGUCGGCACAGGGUCACCGGCACAGGACAGCAUGCCGUGUGCUUCAGGGCCUGCCCGGCAGAGUGCCUGGUCCCCGGCAUGGUGGGAUGUGGCCGGCCCAGGCUCCCAGAGCAGGGGUGCUGCCGCCCUUCGCAGGGGCUGGCCAUCAACCCCACCUCUUCUUUGGCUCCCAGCCCCCGACUCCUGGGGCCCUCAGGGAUCUCACAAAGUCUUCCUUGCCCAAUGGGGCAGAUGCCUGGGCCCUGGUGUGGGGAGGGAUCUGGGAUCUGGUCCAGGUUCCCCUUCUCUCUUUCCCCUGCCCCUUUCUCCGCGGUGCGGACCUAAAAUGGACUGUAAUAAUAAACACUCAGUGCCCGGAUGGCAGGUGGUGAGA